UUUUCCCUUCUUAAUAAAAAGCUCUAUACUUGUUCCUAUCUAAGGUACUUGAUAUGCUGUGCUCAGAAAAAUAAAUGUAAAAUCAGUUUCACAGUGUUCCUGCUCUUUAAGGCUUAUCCACUAUCAGUGUUUUUGGUAUUUUUAAAGAUGGAUGUGUAGAUCAGCACAUAUCAGGAAGGGAAUCCAAGGUUGGUGUUGAACUCUGUGGAUCUUUCAAACUAACUUCUCACUUCCACCCACAGCCUGAAUAAGUGAAUGUCUUGAUUUUUCAGCUGUGAGUGAUAAGCACAAGCCACUGCUGUCCAAACAUCUGCCCCAACAGAUGGACUAGCUCAGUGUGUGUACGUGUGCGUGCAUGCAUGUUUCACACAUUUCCAUUUUUGUCUUAGCCUGCUGUUGUCCUCUUAAAAUAACUCCCAUUCUUUACGACCUUAUAUGUGCACGGCUACUGUGUGUGAGGAAGAGUCUGCCGCCAAAGGGCUCAAGUAUCCAGGCCUUGCAGAACAAACUGCAAUUGCUGCUUCUCAGUGUGUAUCAUCAGACUAGAUCUCAGGCCAGCAAAGAAAUUCCUGUUUGAUGCUUUAACUUGUUUUUGCAAUGCAUCUCACAGAUCUUAAUCAGGAGUGCCUGCUUCAUCUUUUUUCAUUCUUGGAUAAAGACAGUCGGCGAAACCUGUCUCUGACAUGCAAGCGUCUUCGAGUAGCAUUCUUGGAUCCUCAGCUCUGGUCUCUACUCAACUUCUUCUCCCCUAGCGAGCUUAACAGGAAUAACUUCAUCCUUGGCCCCUUUUUGAGGUACCUGAAUAUAUACUGGCAUUCCAGCAGGGUUAAAGUAUGUAACAUUGAAGACUGUAAGAAGACCAUGUUCCAGAGGGACCUCUGCAGCAAGCAUGCAAGCUUGGUUAGCCAUUUCCUGGAGCGUGUCUGCCACAUGUGUCCAAAUUUGUUGUCCCUAACCCUGUCCGGUUGUGGGCACAUCACAGAUGAAGAUGUGAUCAAUCUGCUGCGCAGUUGCAGGCGACUGCAGCGACUACGUCUAGAGAACUGCUGCCGUGUGACGGACGCAGUGCUGCAGGCAGUAGUAACCCACGGAGACAGUCUGCAUGAAGUGAGGGUGGAUUUCUGUAGGAAUAUAACACACACAGGGCUGCAGACUUGCAGAGAGAAGAAGCCUGGAGUUCAGCUAGUUGCUGAGCGGAGUGCAGGAAUGAUACCUGACAUGCAGCCUGAGGAAAAAUUUCAUAUCAGGAGGGCACUGCAGAAAGUCCUUAUCUUUUCUUGAGAACUGAGGAUGGGGAUGGGAAGAUAAUGCAUUGUCUAAGACUUGAUGAAACUUGUGUACAUUUCAUUUUCUUAUUAUUUUUAUAUUUUACAAUUUUUAUUACUGUGGCAUUAUGUCUGUUAUAAGUCUGUGAAAUGUCUACCUUUUUCUACAAACCUUUAUUUAAUACAAUUUAUUUAAAACUUUU